GAUAUUAAUCCUUCCGAUGUUAAUGUUUGCAUUUACAGGUGUUGUGCUGAUGGAAGACGGUAAGGAACUUGCAAUUGAUGCUGAAGAAGGAAUUGCCACAGCGGAAACAGUGAAUUUCUUUAAUGACCUAUUUGACUCCGUAAAUAGCAGUGAAGUGAACGAUAACAUUUUGGGGUCUCCAGUGAAAGAAGACAGUGCUCAUCAUACAUUUUGGACGAACACAAAACAUGUGUUACGGAAAAUGAGGUACGUGGAUAAAAUUACCCGCGAAAGUAAAAUAGUGCCUUCUUUGAGAAAUUGGUUGAUCACUAUUGACGGGUUUCAAAAGUUAUGGAAAAUUGUUAAUUUAAAGUAUGGAUUUAAUCAUUUAAAAACGCGUUAUUGCAAUCAAGAUCCGAUUGAGAAUUUUUUUGGACAAAUUAGAAGUCAUGCAGUUCGUAAUAUUAAUCCAACACUUAGCCAAUUUCAGGAUUCGUUUGUAACUUUAUUAUUAAGUAAUAUGAAAUCAAUUAGUAUUGCUAGCGGUAAUUGUGAGGUAGUUAAAGAUUCAUUUAUGUUAUUUUCAUUAAAAAAAUAUUUGGAACAUGAUGUUACAAAUAUUGAAGCGUACGAUAUUGAUGAUAGUAACGACAUUGAUGAACCGCAUGAACUGUUUAGUAGUACAGUUAUUCGCGAAGAAUCAAGUAUCUAAUUUAUAUUAGAUAAUUCCGAUGAUAUUAUUAGUACUUUGAUUAAAGAAUUUAAUUAUUGCCAUGAAUGUAAUGAUAGUUUAAGAAAUAGUGAAUUUCCAAUUUUCGCAAGGCAAAUAGUAUGUAGGAUAAAUAAAUUGUUAGAAACACGAUCUCAUCAACGUCAUAUUUCCAAAGUACUAUCCCAGCAUUUUGAAAAUUGGGACGUAAACAUGAAGUGGCAUGAGUGCGUAGAGCAUGACGCCAGUAUCAUGU